UGCCACAACUAAUACAACUUCUCCGUCAACAAUGUUAAUAGGCAUCCUGGCAGGCGUUGCGAUACUGUUUAUACUUAUUGCUGCCUCGUUGGUUUUGUUUUUUCGAACCCGGGAUUCGAUACCGUGCUGCAAACGUCGACGACAGCAACGAUCCGAGACUGCGGCGAGGAGUCGACAUUUCGACGGGACAAGGAUAGAACUUAGGGAACUACAGUAUCCCCCACCGGCGUAUAAGGGGUACGAAAAGAGCGGUACUAUGGUAUAAGAGGAAUGAAGCUAUUUCCCGAAUUGUGAUCACACUCAGGUGAAUUGAUAUUAU